AUGGGACGACAAAAGAAAGUACUUGAUAAGGAAUGGGAGGUUCGAACACUUCCACAAUACGAUUAUAACUCAAAGAGCGACAUACUAGACAGCCAGGAGGACGACAUGUCCAGCGGAGUCAACAACUACGGGCUUCUCUACGAAGAUAGAGAAGAAGCAGCAGAUGUCCACGGGGCAAAGGACAAACAGGAAAAAAGGUCUUCAAAUCGAAGGGUAGUGAACAGGCCGGCAUCGCAGCCGCACAUCAAGCUCGUGAACGGAGAAAGCAGGCUGUGCUUCAAAUAUCCCACAAAGAUGUGCGAAGAGGGAAGAGGCGACGCAGGAAUUGAAGAGGUGGAGUUUUCCAUCAAAUACGACAUUGAGAACGUAGACACAGACAAAAUGACAGACAAGUUCAAGAUGGACAACAGUGUAUAUCCAAGAGCAAACGUGCUGCCAGACAGAUAUUUGGGAAACAGAUGGGAGUACGAAACAGAGGUGAACAAGCUGGCAUGGAAACUCACUGCGCUGAACCCCACUCUCCUCUACGGGAAGAAGGGCAUAGUGCAGAGGGCUGUGGACUCUUUCAGAAAUCUGCACAGAUCAACGAGCUCCAGACGCGUGGUGCGCAUGAAGAAGAUGAACGAAGGCACUCUGAGGAAAAGACAGCCAGAGAAUGCAUCAGUGAACUCUCCGAGCGUGGUAAGUGUUACGUGGACACAGAAGGGCAUAUCAAAAAGGUGCAAAGUGCGCAUCGACAUUGAGUCAAUUGACUACGACAAGAUUGACGGCGAGUUCAAGCUGAAAUACUCUGUUUUCAGCGGAGAGUUUGACGACCAGUCUUUUGGGCUCGGUAAGUGGGAAAACAUGAACGAGGACAACGUGCUCGCAGUGAAGCUGGCAUUCCUUAACGUAGACAACACAACGUUCUGGAACGCUGUCAAGGCCACAGACAAAGUGACCAUGCUGAGAAAGGCUGUGGAGGCGUACAAAACAAAGAAGAACUACGAGCAGACAAAAGAGGAGCCCUCGUCACUUACAGAUAUGCAGCAGGAAGAUCUGUACUUUAUAGAUCCAUCGGAAAUGAAUUAUAGAGAAAAGUCAUUUUACUACUAUCUGUAA